AUGAUCAAGCGGGAGCAAGACAUGCUGCAGGACCCCGCGGCUGCCGCCGCCGCCGAGGCGCCGCCCGCCCACGGGGCCGGCGCCUCGACUGCCCCGCCCAAUGGCAACGCCGACGGCGGCAGUGCAAGCGGCGGGGCGGGGGGCGCGUCGAGCGCACAGGGGGCCGAGAUCGAGCCCGGCACGUGCCCCAUCUGCCUGGACACGUUUGGGCGCCGCACCAUGACCUCCUGCGGCCACGCCUACUGCUCGG